AUGGAAAAGGUAACCGGUAAUGUACCUAUUCGUAUAAAUAAGAUUAUAAGUAAGAUCAUCGGUCAUCAAGAAACAGAUAACGAAAAAAACAGCUGUGGUAACAACGAAGGAAGAAGCCGUGGAGCUAGUGGCGAAGAAGACGGUGGAGAUUCACGCGAGUCGGAAAAUGACAGUUCCUCGAGAAUCAGUGCUGGUAACAUAUUAUCGGAGAUGGGUAUCGAAUCGUAUUCUGGACCAGAGCACGAAAAUUUCGUAACGCCAAUAAGUCGCAAAUACACCUAUGACGAUUGGCCUCUGGGAGAUAUAAUGCUCCCCAAAAAACUGAUAGCUGCUGGAUUCUUUUAUUCGGGUAAACCUCUUUAGACAAAAUAGACAGUCGUGAGGCUUAGUAAAUACAUAACAUUUAUUUUCGGAUCGAAGCAUCGCUAUUGAUACCAAUCUUCCGUUUUCAGGGUACGGCGACCACGUAAAUUGUUUCCACUGUGGUGUUGGUAUCCGCAAUUGGGAAAAGGGUGAUGACCCAUGGACACAACACGCUAUGUGGAAUCCUGAGUGUCAUUAUGUUCGAACCUUAAUGGGACAAACAUUUAUCGAUACGGCAAAGACGGUCAAGAAUGUGCUUUUUAGAAAACCUACUCGUGAAAGAACUUAUUCUGUAACGGACGAAGAUUGGAAUGCUGUUAUGGGUCUGGAUAUCACCAAAGAUUUGCUGAUAUCACUCUUUCCAGUUGCUGCCGUCAGAGAUUGUGUUCGAGAACAGAUUCUAGUUCAUAAAAUCCCAUUUAUUACCAAACAUGAAGGUCUUUAUUAUGUGAGAGAGAAAAUAGCAGCAUACGGUAAUAUGGAUAUAACCUUAGCAAAAAAGAUCAGCCAUAUGAGCACGGAAUAUAUUCAAAAUUAUCAUGCGGUAUAUUCUGUGAUGUAUUUUUUGAUGGACCUUAAGAGAAUAUUCAUCAUGAAUCAAGAUGUAGAUCGGAAUGUCUCUAUUGAUUUAUUCAAACCGGAUCAGUCAUUAUUUCUGUUCAGACAACCUUCAUAUAACCCUGUCGCAACACCGAUGUAUCAAUAUCGAUUAUCGUUCACUAUUCCGCAUCCAUCUCAUAAUAGCGAUUUUAAAUUUCAGCAGGAAUAUCGUAUAGCAUUAGAGCAACUUAAUAGAGGGCUACCUGUUCAUGUCACGAAUUUAUAUUUCCGGGAGAGGGAUAGCAUCUCCCUCUUUGAUAUAUGGAAUCACUUGAUUCGGCUUUCUAUAAUAAUCAAUGACAACAAUAGGAGUAGUGGCAGCAGUAUUAAUAGUAGUAAUAAUAAUAAUAAUAAUAAUAAUAAUAAUAAUAAUAAUAAUAAUAAUAAUAAUAAUAAUAAUAAUGACGAUGAUGACGAUGAUGAUGAUGAUGAUGAUAAAAAUUCCUAUGAUGUAUUCAGUGUGAUUAGGGAACACCACCAACGCCAGGAAGAUGAAGAAAGAAGUUCUGAAAUAAAAGAGGCUCCUGAUAGUGUAAUUGGCGAUCGAUACUUAUGCAAGAUUUGCUUGAACUCUUGCGUAAAAACGGUUACUCUUCCCUGUCGUCAUAUGUCGUGUUGUGGUAAUUGUAUAGUGACUCAAACAAAGUGUCCUAUUUGUAGAAAGAAGAUUAAAUAUACUCUUGAACCCUAUUUAUAAAAUAAAGAAAGAUCUCGCAAUAUCACUAUAUGGUAAUAUAAAGAUUAUGAGAGGUAUACAUAUACACGAGAAUAAGAGAUUUAUUAUUGUAGUGUGUAUUUAGAGAGAAAAAUAAUAUCGUGUAAACUGAAAAUACUACUACUGUCAUUUUAUCGUUAAUAUUCCUUUGUAAACAUGUAGUUCCCUUGUAAUCCUGUAGGCGUAUGAUUUAUUAUUCGAAUAUAAAAUAAUUCUAGGUGUAUAAACGUAUAUAUAUUUCUUUUCAACCUUACCUAUAAACGGUCAUAUGAUCUGUUUACGAUACUGUCAUGUCGCAAAAUAUUCCAUUACACAUCGACGAUCAGCAAUAUCAUGUCGAUUUUAGUGGUAUGACAAGCGAAUAUAAUCGCAGAAUGACAUUUGGGCACGAGUCGUCCUCGUAUGUUAUUAAUCCAAAGAUACUUGCAAAGGCUGGUUUUAUGAGAUGCGGUCUAUCGUCUAAACAAUACAUAGUUUGUGUUAACUGUCAUCUAUAUAUCGACAUAGACACCAUCAUGCCAUGGGACGAUAUU